AUGGGGGACUCCUCUGAUAUUGAAAAGGCCACUACAAGUGUGCUCCAGACAUUGAAAGAGGAACACACUGAUAUUCCAGCUGCUGAUUUAAUCCCUGAGGCCCAAUCAGGGAGUCCCACUGAGUCUGAGACUGAAGAUGAGAAGCCAUACCAUGCCAACCCAAGCGAGAAGCGACGGGCACUCAGCUGUAAAUUCAAGGAUUUGCUAUCACGACGCGCCGAAGCCAUCACAGCGGACGAUGUCAAGGCUGUUAUCAAGGCAACUGAUGAUACUCAAUUAUCAAUGACGAAUAUAAUUGCAAAACAGGAUUAUGCCUCUAUUAUCCAUGAUCCUCGUGAAUAUCAGCUUGAGCUCUUUGAGAAAGCAAAGGAGAAGAACAUUAUUGCCGUACUCGAGACUGGCUCUGGAAAAACGCUUAUUGCAGUACUUCUUCUCAAGCAUGUCAUUGAACAGGAAUUGACAGACCGUGGUGUUGGGCUGCCACCUCGUAUCUCAUUUUUCCUGGUUGAUAGCGUUACACUUGUUUAUCAACAAGCAGCUGUACUGCAAAAUAAUAUACCCCAGAAGAUAGAUAAGUUUUGUGGUGCAAUGCAGACAGAUCUCUGGAAUAAGGAGACCUGGGAAGGCCAUUUCAAAAGAAACAUGGUUAUUGUUUGUACUGCAGAGGUGCUUCAUCAAUGCCUGCUUCAUUCCUUUAUUCAGAUUGGCCAAAUAAAUCUGCUGAUCUUUGAUGAAGCUCACCACGCUAAAAAGGAACACCCGUAUGCUAGAAUUAUCAAGGACUUUUACUUAAAGGAACUAGAGAGGAAGCCAAGGAUAUUUGGCAUGACCGCGUCCCCGGUGGAUGCCAAGGUCGAAGUUGUGAGCGCUGCAAAAACUCUUGAAAACAUGCUUGACAGCCAGAUAGCCACAGCAUCAAAUCCUUCUCUUUUGCGGCAGAGUGUAGCCCGACCGAUAGAAGAAGUCUGGGAGUAUGAUAGGCUUGAGGCGCCCUUCGAAACUCCACUCUAUACCCAGCUCCGAGAGAAGUUUGGCGAUAUCAAAGUCCUGGAAAAGAUAUUCAAAUUCUCACGUGAGACAUCCUCCAAUCUAGGAAGCUGGUGCUCUGACUGGAUAUGGAGCUACUGCUUAAGUGAAGAAACCCUCCCUAAGCUCGAAGCUCGAUCAAACCGGCCCUUGAUGAAAAAUUUAGCCAAUCACUCCUCCGGUGAUACAGAAGCCGAAAGGAUCAGGGAUGCGGGAGCUAUCAUCAAAGACCAUGAGUUCGGUGACCCCAUUGCUAACCCCAAGCUUCUCAGUCCUAAAGUACUGUUGCUGAGAGAUGAGCUGCUACGACGGUUCAAAGAAAAUCCAGAUACCAGAUGCAUUGUCUUUACUGCACAACGUCAUACAGCACGAAUUCUUAGGGAUUUGUUCCAGAAAAUCAGGUCACAAUAUAUCCGACCAAAUCUAUUAGUUGGUGUUAGGUCUGGUGGCGAUAAAAUUGGACUAGAUAUCUCCUUCAGAGAACAGUUUUUGAAUGUGAUAGCUUUCAGGAAGGGAGAGAUCAAUUGCUUGUUUGCUACGUCUGUGGCCGAGGAGGGGUUAGACAUCCAAGAUUGUAAUCUCAUUGUUAGAUUCGAUCUUUACUCUACACUCAUCCAGUAUAUCCAGAGCAGAGGAAGAGCUAGACAUACAGAGUCUACGUUCGCCCACAUGGUGGAACGCAAUAACCUGAUACACGAGACUGCGGUCGAGGAAGUUCGCCGCUCAGAGGAAGUUCUCACCCGGUUCUGUAAAUCCCUUCCAGAAGACAGGUUGUUAAAGGGGAGCGGUGACAUCGAUAUGAUAAUGGAAAAGGACAGGCAGCAAAAGUCUUACAUUAUCAAAAGCACGGGUGCAAAGCUGACCUACCCUUCUUCGCUCGCUGUACUUGCGCACUACGCAAGCACUUUGCAAUAUGAAAAAGAGCUGUCAACUCAGGUCAGUUACAUUAUCCAUCCAAAAGAUGGUGCGUUCAUCUGCGAGACAAUACUCCCUGAGAAAUCACCAAUACGGGGAUGCAUGGGAAAGUCAGCCUCGCGCAAACUCUUUGCAAAACAGUCCGCAGCUUUUGAGACAUGCCUGCUGCUUCGCAAGAACAAGUUACUCGAUGAAUACUUCAUUUCGACCUACCACAAAAGGCUUCCCGUAAUGAGAAAUGCCAGACUCGCUAUCACGUCCAAGAAGAGCAACAAAUAUAGCAUGAUAUCCAAACCGGCUGCAUGGGAGCACUCUCGCGGAGAGUCUCCAACUCUUCUAUACGCUACUGUACUCUCGCUCUCCGAUUGUCAAAACCUGCAAAAGACUUACCAUCCAAUCGUAUUAUUGACAAGAGUUCCUAUGCCGGAUUUCCCUUCUUUCCCGUUAUACCUGGAACAUAACAAGAAAUGCAGUAGCUUCAGCAUAAGAGUCGACCAAGGAUUCAAAGUCUUAUCUCCUGAGCUGGACCUGUUGACCAAGUUCACAUUCAGGGUCUUCGAGGAUGUCUUCCACAAAAUUUAUGAAGAAAACUCAUCUCUAGUAUCUUACUUGAUUGCCCCUGCGAAACUUGAUGGCGUUGCAGAUAUCAUGAAGGCAAACCCAGUCGAGUUGAUUGAUUGGCAGAUGUUGCAAUAUAUCCAACAUAAUCAGGAGCUUCUUUGGUCGCCUGGUAUGCCUAAUGAAUUCCUUGAGAAUCGAUUUCUAGUAGACAAGUGGGAUGGAAGAUACCGUUACUUUUCAAUCAAGGUCGAUCCAACCCGGCGGCCCCAGGAUCCAGUCCCGGAGAACGUGGCUCGACGCCGCUACAUGGACAACAUCAUGAGCUACUGUCUCAGCUUGUUUAAAAACUCGCGAGCUGGAUUCAUGAACAGUUGCAACUGGGACCAACCAGUUUUGCGUUCAGAACUCAUUCAGCUUCGUCGAAAUUUCCUGGACAUAGAUGAGAACCAGAAGAGUGCUACUGUGGACUAUUAUGUCUGCGUGGAGGCAUUGAAAAUAUCGUCGAUCUCUGUCCCCUUGGCCACACAAAUAUUCGUUUUCCCAGCAAUGAUUUGGAGAAUGGAAUCUUAUCUCAUUGCCCUGGAAGCCUGUGAAAAGCUUCAGUUGAAGAUUCCCCCUGAGCUUGCACUUGAAGCCUUGACUAAAGACUCGGAGAACACGGAGGAUUACGGGAUGGAACAAAUUAAAUUCCAAAGCGGAAUGGGUAAAAAUUAUGAACGACUCGAGUUCCUCGGUGACUGCUUUUUGAAGAUGGCAACGUCUAUUUCUCUCUUCGCCAUGAAUCCUGACAAUGACGAAUAUGACUACCAUGUCAAACGAAUGCUGCUCAUUUGCAACCAGAAUUUAUUCAACAAUGCAAUAAUCCUGGAGAUUUUCAAGUUCAUUCGCAGCAGGUCAUUUUCAAGACGAGCCUGGUACCCAGAAGGUUUAACACUGCUUAAAGGCAAAGACAAGAAAGAGGGUCCAAAUGGUCCUGAGCAUGCACUCGCCGAUAAAACUAUUGCUGAUGUGUGCGAGGCUCUAAUUGGAGCAUCUCUACUAGCUGGAGGCCCUGAUCACAAAUUUGACAUGGCCACGAAAGCAGUUACAGUCUUUGUCAAUAGUGAUGAUCAUCGUGUAGAAAGAUGGGCAGAUUACUCAAAACUGUAUUCUUUGCCGAGUUACCAAACAGCGGUAGCCAGUGCAUCUGAGAUUGACGUUGCCAAUCAGAUCAAGUCAAAGCUGGGAUAUUGUUUUAGGUAUCCAAAGCUUCUUCGUUCCGCUUUCAUGCACCCAUCGUACCCAUCUCAGUGGGCAAACGUUCCUUGCUACCAACGUCUGGAGUUUCUCGGUGAUUCGUUACUCGAUAUGGUCUGCGUUAAUCACCUUUUUGAAAGGUACCCUGACAAAGAUCCCCAAUGGCUCACAGAGCACAAGAUGGCAAUGGUAUCCAACAAGUUCCUUGGCUCACUUGCCGUCAGUCUUAAUCUCCACGUUCAUCUUAUUCAUAUCAGCAACACACUUCAAGGCCAAAUCACCAGUUACACCGAAGAACUGCAGGCUAUGAAAAUCAAAAUGGAAGGAAACCUUGAGGCUUGGACGUACACGAACGAGCCACCAAAGUGUCUACCGGACAUUGUUGAAGCGUACCUCGGGGCGAUGUUUGUGGAUUCAAACUUCAACUUUGACGUCGUGGAUGACUUCUUCCGAAAAUUCAUCCAGCACUACUUUGAAGACAUGAGCGUGUACGAUACGUUCGCAAACAAGCAUCCGAUCACCUUCCUUCACACCCGACUCGCCGUGGAUUUCGGUUGCACGUUCUACGCCUUGAAAGCAGAUGAAAUACCAUGCGUAGACGGCACCACGGUGCGUGCUCUCGCGGCGGUUUGCGUCCACGACGACAUCGUGGCCGAAGGGGUCGCCAUAUCUCCUCGCCAUGCCAAGUUGAAGGCGAGCCAGAAUGCCCUUCAAAUCCUGGAGGAGAUGAGCGCGGCGGACUUCCGAGCAAAGUACAAGUGCGACUGCCGCGAGAGACAGGAGGAGUACCAAGAAGAGCCAGAUCCAGCAGGAGAGUGA